AUGGAUCAUCAAGACCUCGAGCACCUCAACGAGUUACUGGAGCAGGACCUUGAGAUAAGGGAGAAAAUUAGGGAGCAAGUGGCCGAACUGGACAAAAAAACGCGAAACAUGGUUGGCGCGCUCAGCAAGAUCCACUCAACCCCCUCGAAAUCUAUUCCUGCUAUACUUGACUCGGUCCGCCCUAUGUUGUCCAGUUGUCAGGAGACUAGCACUGCUAUGGCUGACAUCAUUCCACCCAAUCAAUUUUGGAGGUGGAAAGACAUGUGGACCAACUCUUUGCGGACUGCAGUUUAUGCUGCCGCUCUCGUCGAGUACUUGGCAACUCGCAAUCUGAUACCUCUCGAUGACGUCGCCAAAAUCCUCGGUAUCAAAAGCGAGUGGAAAGACAGAUUCUCUUUGCCAGUGGAGGAUUACCUACUGGGCCUCAUCACGAUGGUCAAUGAACUGUCCCGCUUGGCUGUUAAUGCAGUGACUCUCGGCGACUAUGAUGAGCCCAUCAGGAUCUCAUUGUUCGUCAAAGAACUGUUCGCAGGGUUCUCCAUGCUUAACCUGAAAAAUGAUACACUCCGCCGAAGAUUCGACAGUUUGAAAUAUGACCUCAAAAAAUAGAAGAAGUUGUGUAUGAUGUUUCUCUCCGAAAACUUGCAAACCCUGGCGAUCUCGCGAAGUAGAGCUCAUUUGUCGUUUUUGUGGCCAAUGAGAAAAUGGCAGUAGAAGUAUGCUUGCGGUAAUUUGUGCGAUCCACUUAUGCACAGCGUCGUUGUCGUGGUGUACUGGAUGCAAUGCAAACGUCAGGAU